AUGGCUCCGAACGCUGAGAUAUCGUCACCCGCCAAUGCCACCGAACCCAGUAAGCCCGACGGCAUCACGGGCCAACUAUGCAACUGGAUCACGCGCACCAAAUUGUCUGCUAUUCCCGACCAUAUCAUUGAACGCGCCAAAUACCUGAUACUCGACGGCGUUGCCUGUGCUCUGGUCGCAGCACAUCUUCCGUGGUCCGAGACCGCAGUCAAGGGCGUGUGUACCAUGGAACCCUCGGGAGUCGGCCAGUGCACGCUCAUCGGCUGGGGCAAGGAGAAGAAGUUGCCGCCUUUGGCAGCGACCAUCUUGAACAGCACCUUUAUCCAGGGCUUUGAGCUGGACGACUAUCAUUCCAAAGCGCCUUUACACUCGAAUGCAUUGCUGAUCCCGGCAUUGCUGGCUUCAGUGGAGGCCGCGCCCUCAAGCCCAGCCGCCACCAACAGUCACGAUACAUCCAUCUCAUCAGGUGCGAAUUUCUUGCUAGCGUACAUCGUCGGGUGCGAAGUUGGACCCCGGGUUGGGUUGGCACUACAUGGUGCCGACUUGCUCAGUAGAGGCUGGCACAGCGGCGCCAUCCAAGGGCCUUCAGCAACGGCGGCCGCCGUUGCCUCAUUGCUUCGACUGUCAGGCGCACAGACUGAGUGGGCGCUGGGUAUGGCAUGUACACAAACAGGUGGCCUCAUGUCAGCGCAGUUUGGCUCCAUGGCGAAACGAAUGCAACACGGCUUCGCGGCGCGUAACGGCCUAUUUGCCGCUCUCAUGGCCAAGGAAAACUACACAGGAAUCCAAGAGGUCUACGAGGUGCCCUACGGCGGUUUCCUCAGCUGCUUCAGCCAGGGCGCGAAUUUCGAACCCAAAUCAUUACCCAAGGAGCUGGUCAACGGCCUCGGCUCGCGCUGGGAACUCGAAGGCAUCCGCAUCAAACUCCACGCCGCCAUGGCCGGCUUACACGGAACAAUAGAUACGGUCGCGGGCUUACAGCGUUCGCAUCCGGACCUUUUUGCCCCGCACAACCUGACCAAUAUCGUGAGCAUCGUGACGGAGCACGCACGACCCGCAUUCGAGCACGGCGGCUGGAUCGCAGACCCGGCGCAGCCGCUGUCGAGCGUCGCGGCGCAGAUGUCGAUCCAGUAUGCCACCGCCGCACAGCUCGUCGAUCGCCAGGUAUCGAUGGCGCAGUUUGGCGUGUCGCGCCUCAACCGGCUUCUGCUGCGCGAGCUGAUGGGCAAGACCACGCCGACGCACAACAAGUCGUUCGACGCGACCAAGGCGGCUAGGUGGCAGACGGUCGUGACGGUUCGCUUUGCAGACGGUACCGAGGUGCAGGGUCGCGUCGAGGCGCCUCGGGGUAUCAUGCCGCCCGUCAGCAACGAGGACAUCAUCGCCAAAUGGCGAGAGCUGACGGCGGAAAUUCUGGACCCCGAGAGACGGGAUGCGAUCGAGCGGUGCGUCCUGUCUCUGGAGCAGGUCCCUGAUGUGAGAGAACUGGCCGCCCUGCUCGAACAGCCAGUCAAAUGCCCCAUUGAUGUUUGA